UUUUUUUCCAACUCAACAAACAAACAGAAACAAAAAAAAAAAAACCAAAUCGGCGAUGAUGAUGAUGCGUAACAGACUCGUUUUCUUCUUGAUUCUCACAUCAGUCAUCAUCUUGAUGACAUCGCAAGGUUCUUCCGGCGUAAAUUACGGCGGUAACAUCGAACCAUGCGUCGCUUGCAAGCACCAACGCCGUCGUUGCACACCGGACUGUAUCUUUCGUCUUCAUUUUCCGGUGGGACGAUAUCAAGAUUUCCAAAACGUUCACCGUCAAUUCGGCGUCCGCCGUGUGGUAGAAAAUCUCGAAAAUUUGGCGCCGGAGGAACGAGGAGACGCAAUGAAAUCGAUUAUUUACGAAUCCAACGUGCGCUCUCAAUUCCCCGUCGAUGGCUGUUACGGAGUCAUUUUAUAUCUACAAAACCAAAUCGCACUCCUCAACGCUGAACUACUUCGCACCCGUUCUCUACUCACCGCCGUCGUCGCCGCAUCCAAUCCAAGCUCCGCUUUCUUCAAUCCCACCGCCGCCAACAACUUCUUUCAUCCCUCUGCCGCCGCCAACUUCUUUUAUCCCGCCGCCAACAACUUCUUUCAUCCCUCUGCCGCCGCCAACUUCUUUUAUCCCGCCGUCUCCGUCGAGUCAGAGCUAAUAAAUCCUUCUCGAAACCUCAACGCAAACAACGACGACUUCACGAGAGUUCCCGCUAACGAUGGAACGAUCGAUUUCUUGGGCAUGGGAGGGUAUUGUGGUAAUUUCGCAUACGAGGAGUGUGUGACCGAGACGACGCCGUUAGAGGGAGCGCCUAACAACAACGCCCAACAGUUUCUUCCCAAUACGAACAAUCUCGGUUCGAGCCCUGAUAAUGCAAAUGCCAACGAAGCGUUGGAACAAGAACAACUCGGUGGUGCUCCUCGUAACAAUGAUAUCCCGAGAGAGCUUUCUGAAUUCCUUACUGAUGAGGAAAGAUCUUUCUCGGAAGCUCAAGAUUCCGGUGACAAGUGUGCAUCUCAAUCUAUGACGAAGAAAGAUGACUUCCCAUUUCCGUAGAUCUUUCCACUUUGGGGAUGAACCAGUCUCUACAGAGAAUAAUAGUUUUUUUGUACUUACUCUCUCGUCUGAAUUCUUAUUACUCUUAAUUCUCUUGUAGGCUUUUCUCCCCUUUCUCAAUAUGUAGAUAAAAAUAUAAUUUUUACUAUAUGAAAAGUAAAAUACGAUUUAGACUCU